AAUAGUUGAAAAAGAAUAACAUUAAAUAAUUAAAAAUAGAGUCAAAGUGUCCCUUUCAUUCUCUCUCUAUAUCUAAAUCUUAUUCUGAGUACGCAUAGUAGUGAUGAGAUAACUACGUAAAUAACGCAAUACAACAACAAAUCUGAGAAUGAGCAGCGUUACAAAGGAAGAAGAAGAGAUCCGAAGAACAAAACCAAAACCAAAUUCAAAACCACCAAGACCCAAACGAAUAAUCUUCUCAUUUGAAUCAUACGCUAACGAUCUCAUACAACGCAUGAAAUCCUCCAAUGUUGUAAUCGAACAAGGACUAUCUGACACAGAAUUCUCAUCACUGGAAUCUAAAUUCAACUUCACAUUUCCACCAGACCUUCGUUUAAUCCUCCAACAAGGUCUACCAAUCUCUCCCGGUUUUCCCAACUGGCGUUCCGCUUCACAACAACAGCUUCGAAUUCUUCUCGACCUACCACUCUCUUCCAUCCUUCGUACUGUCUCCAAUAACCGUUUCUGGCAUCCUUCCUGGGGCCCACUUCCGAAAGAUGCGGCUCAAUCCAUUCAAACUAUUUUGGACGCUGUGCCACGUCUUGUUCCUAUUUACCAAAGUUAUUAUAUACCUUCGUCGCCUAACGUCAUCGGGAAUCCUAUUUUUUAUGUGGAUCACGGUGGUCACGUUCGUUUGGAUAGCUUCGAUGUUGCCGGAUUUGUUCGUCGUGCAGAGUUUUUGUCGGGGGUUGAGGCGGUGGAGCCAGUUUGGGCGGCGACGAAGGCGAGGACGAUUGAAUUUUGGUCGGAGAUGGCAGAUGGGAGAGGGUGGAAAUGGUGGUGGGAUGAACGAAAAGGAGAAUUGGGGGAGUGUAUGGAUGACGUGUUGCGGAAAUUGAGGGAAGGAGGGUGGAAAGAGGAAGAGAUACGCGAUAUGAUGAUGAUGAUGAAGGUGAAUCAAUAUGAACAAGAUAAACGUGUUUUCAAAGAUAAAAAGGAGAUAGUGGAGCACGUGCACGUGCACGUGAGAGAUUUAUCGUUGAUGUUGUUGCGUGGAGGAUGGAGUAGGGAAGAUGUGCUCUACUCACUCGGGGUUCAAGUUCAGGAACAAAAUUCGUUCUUGGAUUUGGAAUUUUAAUUCAAAAUCAAUUACAAUUGAGCUUCGUAGAUACAUUUUUUAUAUUUUUUCUGUAAUAUCAUUGUUUAGUAGAGUACAAAAAAGAGAUGAUAUUUGUUUUGGUAGACAACAAAACUAUGGGACCAAAUGAAUUGGUGUUUCGUAUGACAGGAUAUUUGGUGCUUCAUUUA